CCCCGCCUGGAGGGGAAACGACUCCAGAGGCAAAAAAAAAGCUCAACCCAGGUGAACAGAAACGAAAAAAAUUUGCCAAAGAGAUCGGACAUGACCCAAUCACAAGCUUGCCGUGGCGGCUGGCCCCUCCAGAGCCUCCUCCUCCCGGUCUAUCCCACUCCUAGCCUCGAGUGAACUUGAUCUUUUUCUAAGAGAAGCCUGACUUGCGUGAGAAUGCAUUGAAUCCAGCAACUCGCUGUUUCUGCACCGGCCUCGUCCUCGCCGCUCCCUACUGUCCUCCGUACAGUCCCCCUCAUCGACCCUUUGCAGGGAUGGCGUCUCUCCGCGUCCUGCUCAUCGGCAAUGGCGGCCGAGAGCAUGCGCUGGCGUGGAAGCUGAGCCAAUCGCCGCGCGUCGAGUCCAUCGUCGUUGUGCCUGGCAAUGGCGGCACCGCUUCGCUGCCCAAGGUCUCCAACAACACGACCGUCUCGGCCGAGGACUUUGACGGGUUCGUGGCCCUUGCCCGCGCCUCCAACGUCAACCUCGUCGUCCCCGGCCCCGAGGCCCCGCUCGUCGAUGGCGUCGAGGCCUACUUCCGCCGCGCCGGCAUCCCCUGCUUCGGCCCUUCGCGGGAUGCCGCCCGCAUGGAGGGCAGCAAGACCUUCUCCAAGGACUUCAUGAAGCGCCACAACAUCCCGACAGCCGCCUACGAGAACUUCUCGGACCAUGCCGCCGCCUCGGCCUACGUGAGCAAGGUCGGCCACAACGUCGUCAUCAAGGCAACUGGCCUUGCCGCUGGCAAGGGCGUCAUCAUCCCCGGAACCGCUCAAGAGGCGCAGGAUGCCCUCAAGCAGAUCAUGGUGGACAAGGCCUUUGGCGCUGCCGGCGACGAAGUCGUCGUUGAAGAGUUCCUCGAGGGUGACGAACUGAGCAUCCUCUCCUUCUGUGACGGCUACACGAUCCGAUCCCUGCCCCCAGCGCAGGACCACAAGCGAAUCUUUGACGGCGACCAAGGCCCCAACACCGGCGGCAUGGGUUGCUACGCCCCGACCAACAUUGCCACCCCGGAACUCAUCGCCCGCAUAGAGCGCGAGGUCCUGCAGCCCACCAUCGACGGUAUGCGCAGGGACCGCUGCCCGUUCCGCGGCAUGCUUUUCACCGGUCUCAUGAUCACCGCCAACGGCCCCAAGGUGCUUGAGUACAACGUGCGCUUUGGCGACCCCGAGACCCAAACCCUCCUGCCGCUGCUCUCGGCUGACACCGAUCUGGCCGAGAUCGUGGUUGCAUGCGCUGAGGGCUGGCUGGACCAGGUCACCAUCAAGGUCGAGCCCAAGUUCAGUGCUACGGUUGUCGUCGCGGCUGGUGGAUACCCAAACAGCUACGCCAAGGGCACCCCCAUGACUGUCGGGCAGCCACCUGAGAGCGUAAACAUCUUCCAUGCCGGCACCAAGCUGGCCCAGGACGGGCAGUUACAAACCUCGGGCGGGCGCGUUAUCGCGGCCAACGCCACAGCCGACUCGCUUGAGGCAGCCGUCCAGAAGGCCUACAGCCACGGCGUUCCGUUGAUUUCCUUCGAGGGUAUGUUUUUCCGAAAGGACAUUGCACACCGCGCCUUCAGGAGCAAGGACCAGAAGCAGGCGGCAAAAGAGUCGCUCUCGUACGCACAGGCUGGUGUCAGUAUUGAUGCGGGCAACGAGCUGGUCGACCGUAUCAAGAAGGCCGUUGCUGCCACGGCGCGGCCCGGCGCCGAUGCCGAGAUUGGUGGCUUCGGAGGUGAGGUGGACCUGUCGAGGGCAGGAUAUGCCGGCGCGCCGAUCCUGGUGGGCGCUAUUGAUGGCGUAGGCACCAAGCUCAAGAUUGCUCAGGCGGCGGCGCGACACGAUACUGUCGGUAUUGACCUGGUGGCCAUGAACGUCAACGACCUGGUGGUGCAGGGCGCCGAGCCCGUCAUGUUCCUCGACUACUACGGCUGCAGCCAACUGGACGUCGCCAUGGCGGCAUCGUUCGUCGAGGGCGUUGCCGAGGGCUGCCGACGCUCUGGUUGUGCCCUGGUGGGCGGCGAGACGGCUGAGAUGCCGGGUAUGUACCAAGCUGGCGACUACGACGUUGCGGGCGCCGCUGUGGGCAUCAUGAAGGCCUCAGAGCGCCUGCCGCGCAAAGAUGCCAUGGUCUCGGGUGAUGUCGUGCUCGGCCUGGCCUCGGACGGAGUGCACUCCAACGGCUUCUCGUUGGUGCGUCGCAUCGUCGAGAAGUCUGGGCUCUCGUACUCGGACCCUUGCCCAUGGGAGGCGGGCGCGCGGUCUAUUGCCGAAAGCCUCUUGACUCCGACCCGCAUCUACGUCAAGUCGCUUCUGUCCGCCAUCGCGGCGGGCAACGGUGGCAUCAAGGGCCUCGCACACAUCACGGGCGGCGGCCUGACCGAGAACGUGCCCCGCAUGCUGCCGGCACACCUGGCGGCCGAAAUCGACGUGGCCUCCUUCACCGUCCCUCCCGUGUUUGCGUGGCUCAGGGCUGCGGGCAACGUGGUGCCCGCCGAGAUGGCACGCACCUUCAACAACGGCAUCGGCAUGGCCAUUGUUGUGGACGCGGCGAGCGCAACCUCUGUGACCAGCUCCCUCCAAGCCCAGGGAGAGACUGUUUUCCGCAUCGGUCAGCUCGCCUCGCGGCCGGCUGGCGGAGAGGGCUGCCAACUGCUCAACCUGAAUGCCUGGGCGGUCUAAGAACUGCCAAGGCCACGCUUCGCCGGGGGUAGGAGUUUUUGCACCUUUUUUUUUUUCUUUUUUUGCUUUUGGUUUUUGGGUCGGUUGGGUUGGUCUGCGUAAGUAUUUUUGGUUGGCGGCAUUGGUCACCGUGCAUAUGGUUGGUUGGAGUUGGUUCGAGCAUAGAAAAAAGUUUUGAUUUUCUGAUUCUUCAUCUGAGCCUAUCAGCAGCCAUCUCCCGGGAUGCCUAUCAAAAUUGACACCGGUCUUCCUGCUGGGAAGCCCAAAGAGAGAAGGUGGAUGUCGAUCCAAUCUCGACUCCUGCCUCGUUCCUAGAGUCUGCCACGUCUUUGCCAGCUAUUGCCUGCAGAUCCCGAACAUGGGCCCAAUGGCGACGAAAAGAUGGCUGUCGAACGAGCAUCUUGGCAUUGGUGAUGCAGGACUCCAGGAUUGUGUCGAACACGGCAAGCGGAACCACGUGUCCAGAGGUCUGUGGGUUUGUUGAGCAUGCGGGAGGCUUGCCCCAGAACUAUUUGGCCGUAAGCAAAGACUACUCUUGGCCCGCUACUAGGCGUGGUCCUCGAGGGGGAUGAAGCGCAACAGGCACCGCUGGCCCGCGGGCCGCGACGAGAUCAGCUGAUCCGACAUGGCCAUGGACUCGGGCGUCAUGCAGGGGUCCGGGGCGGUCGAGAAGCGCGAGUAGACGUCCCUGAGCAGCAGCUUCAUCUCUGCCAAUGCCAGGCUGUCCAAGAGGUGGGGGUGGGUAGCACGUCAGCGUUCCAUUUCCCUGUCCUUGGUGCCACCACCACUUGCUCUGCUCUGCCCACUUACUGCUUCCCGAUGCAGCCCCUGCCGCCGUUGGAAAAGGCAAACAUGUGGCGGCGGCGAGCGGCGUCGCCCUCGGGCCGGAGCCAGCGGUCCGGGUCAAAGGUCUCGGGGCGGGGGAAGACGUCGCGGUUGAGGCGGUGGACCGAGUAAGCCUGGCAGCUGACGACGGUGCCGGCGGGCGCGAAGACGCCGUCGAUGGUGCGGCCGCCCGCCGGCACGUAGCGCGGCAGCGACAUGGGGAUGGCGGGGAAGCAGCGCAGGCCCUCGUGCACGACGGCGUCUAGGAACGGGAGGCGGUCGAACUGUGUUGUCGUCGUCGGCGUCGUCCCGCCGUCGGGUUGCUGCUGCUGCUGCUGCUGUGCGCCCUUGAGUUCAGCCUGUAGGCGGCGCUGCAGCGCGACCGACUCGGGCAGCGAGAGCUGGUACAUGAGGAAGCAGAGCGCGUCGCCCGUGGUGUCGAUGCCGGCCACCAUGUGGUCGCAGCACUCGGCCGCGAUGUCGACCUGCUCCAGCCCUCCUCCUCCUCCUCUCGCUGCUUCGCCAUCGACCGCUGCCUUCUUCCUGUCGUGCAUGCGGCUGAGCAGCGUAAAGGGCGAGGCCUUGGCGCGCGCCGUCGUCUCGAGCACGAAGCGGUCGGCCAGCGGCGUCUCGCGCGGCCGGGCGCCGGCGAGCGCCGCCACGGCGCGGCCCGCGAGCGCGUGCAGGGUCGGGCUGUGGUGCUUGAGCAGCCGGUUCUGCAGGCUGUCGUCGAAGGUGACCUCGCGCAUCACCUCCUCGUCCGCCUUGCUGCGCAGGGAGCUGGCGCCGAAGGGGUGGAAGAGGUGGUGCGUCACGCAGUCGAAUGCGUACGAGUGGAGGGCUGUGUUUUUUUUUUGAGGGGGGGUUGUUGGUUGUGAUGCAUACGAUAUCAUAGAAGGGGUAAAGGCGGCCGAUGGGCAAAUGCACAUACCGAUCUGGGCGCAUCAGCCGCGUGGAUUCGUUGCUAGAGAAAAUAUAUAGAUGAGGAAAAUGGGUGCGGCACUUACAUAGAUAUCAAGACUCUUGCCCACAGAAGCACCGCACAGGUCGGCAAAGUUCCGGGCGCACUGCUGGAUGCCGGCGAGGGCGGGCUGGCGCAUCACGUUGCUGUUGGCAUAUCUGUCGGCCAAGAUCCUCUUCUUCUUGGCAUGCUACAUAACGAAAGAAAAAGCCGCUUGUAAGCCCAUGUCCUUUACACGCUCG